CCCACUUUCAACCUCACUUGCAGCUGUCAUCUCACCCUUGCGCCAUCUCUCCAUGCCUGGUCUUGCUGCGUGGUAAGCGAUGCAACCGGUCGAAUGGCUUCAACGACCAACAGCACCACGGCGGAGUCAACCGACGCCAGGGACGAGUCGCCCCAGGAUGACACCUAUGCCGCUCCCUACGGCAGUUCCUGCGUCAACUGCUCGCAGGCCAAGUGCAAGUGUAUCUACUCCAAAGCUGGCGGACGCUGCCAACGGUGCCAGCGCUUGGACAAGGACUGUCGUCCGUCCGCCACCCGACGCUUAACCACACGGAAGUCGAAUGUCUCCAAAAAUGCUCCCAAGACAAGUCGGCUGGAGGACAAGCUAGAGGAUCUGGUAUCGCUGCUCCGGGCGGGUGUACAACCUGGGAACAUCUCUACGACCAUGUUGAAACAUCUGGCGCAACCCUCGGAGACCCACAAAUCCCCCAGCAAUGCCGCAUCGCCCUUGGGCCUGUCCGACUCUUCCAUGACUAGUUCACGACCUAGCUCAGUUUGUCCCCCCCGUAGUCAUGGUGCCGCCUCGACCCCGGAAGCGAGCAUCGUGGACGGGGGCUCUGUAUCUUCAGGACCAUCAGCUGAGACGGAGGAACCGACGGGCGUCCAGGCGGAAGAAUCCCUUACCUUUUUCAUCACUCAGAUGCUGCCGUUCUUUCCGUGCAUGUAUAUCCCGCCAGGUACUACUUCACAGAAGCUCCAUCGAGACCGACCGUUUUCGUGGCUAUGUAUCAUGGCCGUGUCUUCCAAGAUUAGCGCACAACGUCGUCUGCUGUUCGACCGGAUCAAACAGAUCGCGGCGCAGAGACUGGUACAUGAGUACUCCUGUCGUGACCUGGAUAUUCUCCAAGGUCUCCUGAUAUACCUUGGAUGGUCCAACCAACAAGUCUACAACAAGGCCAACAUUUACGUGUUCGCCCAGCUGGCCACGGGUAUCGUCUACGAGAUGGGUCUGUUCAAUCCCGAGGCAAAGGGAAAGCAUAUGCUGUUGUGCGUUCAUACCGAGCCACACGAGAACCGUUCGGCACCUCCGCGCCACAUUAUGGAAGAGCGCCGGGCGGUCCUAGGGUGCUUUCUCCUGACAUCCAUCAUCGCUACGUUUCUCCAGCAGAGUGAUUCCCUGCGCUGGACAUCCCAUAUGGACGAAUGUCUUCGCCAGGUCGACGAGCAACAAGAAUGCAUUAACGAUGGAAUUCUGGUUCAGCAAGUCCGACUGCAAUUGGUCAUGGACAAGCUCAGCUUGGGACGCUGGUACGGGGGGUCCUCCAAAUCCCUCGAGUCGAUGCGACCAUCGCCGGCCGUCUAUCUUCGACCGAUGCAGACCCAACUGCAGUCACAACUGCAAGUCAUCAUGAGCCGACUCAGCUCACAUUCCAAGGGAUAUAAGAUCGUUCUUCUGCACCACUACAACACCUCGUUGAGUCUCCACGAGUCCGCUCUCACCAAGGGUUCCAUUGCCUCCCUGAGCAACGUGACCUUCGAGCACCUGGACUACCUGUACGGAUGUCUGGACGCCACCAAGUCAUGGUUCGAUGUGUUUUUGAGCAUCCCGCCGAUGGAAUACAUCGGGUUUCCCUUUGCAGUCUUCUCCCAGAUGGUCCAAAACCUCGCCACACUCUACCAGCUAUCCACCCUGGAAAGUCCCCUCUGGGAUACAGCUAAUGUCCGACGGACAGCAGAUGUCUUGCAGAUUCUGGAUACGAUCGUUGCCAACAUGGGUCAGGUUGCCGCCCUCAAUGGUCUGGUUGGUGAGCCUGGCGGCGAUAUCUUCUCGACUAUCGCCCAGAUGUAUCAUGCUGUGCGCGUUGGAUGGGAGACGAGCCUAGGGUCAGAUGCAGGGUCUAGUGCGACAAACUUGAUUCCGUCGCUCUCUAUCCCAUCGCUUCCUGGAACGGACCCGUUGGCGGAUGCGUUUCCUCUGAUGGAUGAUAAUGACUGGUUAACGGAUAUGCUGAAUACGAUGGAUCCGCCGAACAAUGGAUGAUCUUCUGCGGCAAAUUAGUGCAGAUCGUGCGAGCGGUUGAUGUAUCUGCCCUACAGUCCUCAACGACAGCACCUGAAUGAUGAGUCUCUCGGGCAUUCGUCUCAAGUGGACC